AUGGACGAUAAACGUGACAGAACCUUAUGGUGUGGUAACCUGGACCCUCGAGUGACACAGUGCUUGCUCUAUGAACUGUUUAUACAGGCUGGACCACUAGAAGAUGUCACAAUUCCUAAAGAUAAUGGUGGACGGCCCCGAAGUUACGCUUUUGUGACUUUUAAGCACCCGGAGUCUGUGGGCUACGCACUAGCACUUCUUGAAGGCAUAGCUCUGUUCGGAAGACCACUGAAACUUGAAAGGAGACCAGAUGCUGCAGUGGAUGACACAUACAUAGCCAUGAUGGAGAGAUAUGCUCAAUAUGUUGCUGGAGUCAAGCGCCGACGUUUCCAAGAAAUGUUCGGCCCCAUGCCAUCCCCCUUCAUGAGCCAAUGGGAAGUCUGA